AUGCGAUACUUUAUCUCCUGUGAAACAACAUAUGCAUUUCGAGAGGGACCUGAUUUUUCAAUCAAGUUUGACAUGAUAAGCAUGCCACCACGACAUCGCAAGCUAUUGACACUGGCGUUCCUUGUGCGAAAUGGCGUUGUGCCUCAUGAAGAGAGACAUGUUCUAUUAGGGUUAAAGAAACGAGGGUUUGGUAUAGGGAAAUGGAAUGGGUUUGGAGGUAAAGUAGAACGUACGGACACUAGUAUCGCGUCAGCAGCAGUAAGGGAAAUACAAGAAGAGGCCAAUGUGCAAGUGAGUGUUGAGGACCUCGAGUCACGUGGUGUAUUGCUGUUUACAUUUGAACAAAGCAAUGAAGUGAUGGAGGUGCAUGUUUACGUGACCGAGAAAUUUUCGGGUCAGCCAUCGGAGAGCGACGAGAUGAAGCCGCAGUGGUACGACGUCUCUCAGAUUCCGUUUAACACCAUGUGGGCAGACGAUCGCUUCUGGCUACCACAUGUACUGAGUGGCAAGAGCGUGCAAGGAAACUUCCACUUUGCAGCAGACGAAGAUUCGUUGCUAGACUAUGAGCUAAAUGUGAUGACUCUGACGGCAGUUUGA